UACUCGUCCCAGUGUUGUCCUCCGUUACCCACGACCUAUUGUACACCACCCACCACAACCACCAUGAAAGGGGUGCUACUUCUGGCGCUCCUUGGGUCGUGCUGGGGCUUAGAGGCAGGCUUGGAGUACCAGUACAAAUACAGUGGUCGAGUAGCGUCAGGAAUUCCCGACCUUAUGGACCAAUACUCUGGUGCAGGUAUCAAGGCUGACGUCACUGUUCAGGUCACCAGCGAGCGCAAGACGUUCUUCCAGUUCAGCAACAUCCAAGUGGGAGAAUUUCACGAUAAACUGGAGUGCGACACUCGGUCACCGCUACCCAUCCAGUACCACCCGCUGGAGCAAGGCAAGGACCUACUCGAGAUGCCCUUCGAAGUUAGCUUUACGCAGCCAGAGGGCACGGAAUUCCUAAAUGCGCCUGAGGAACCAGUCUGGAUCACCAACAUCAGGAAGUCUGUUGUCAACAUCUUCAGGAUCCCUCCAGUUAUGAUCACCUACGGUAAGGGCCAGCAAGCCUUCAAAAAGCCUACUUUCUUUGAGAAUGAACUUGGGAUGGCCGGACGCUGUAGGAACUGGUACUCCCUUAUUUGUAUCCCCCAAGAACAAACUGUUAUGGAAGAACACCAGCGGGAAGCAGUAAUUGAACAGGACAUCCAGAGACAUUACAUGACCGGCGGAAUUUCAGCAGCAAAGAAGAGUGUCUCUAAAGGGUCAAAGAAAGGUGCCAAGAGUUCGAAAAGGAUAGGAAGGUACCGCAAUCUUCACCCCAUCCAUGAAACUCUGUGGUCGCUUACUCGAACAAUCGACUACGACUCCUGUGAUAAAGAAGAACUUGUCGCCAUGAAGUUCCACGGCAACAGUAAGACGGACUCAAGCAUCCGUCGAACCUCCAUCGGAACAUACCUUGUGCGUGGUGACCAACCUGGAGCCCGUAUUGAAAGGGCAGUGAUCGAGGGCUCUGUCUCCGUGUUCACCAGCGACAAACAACACGAGCACUUUGAUACCUUCACCAACCAGACCUUAGAGCUGCGAGGAGUGAGAACAAUUGAGACCGAGAUGAACGUUGAGUACCAGAGCCAUUCCCACUACUUCCAGUAUGAGGUUCACCAUCGCCUUACCGACCUCAGGGAGAGGGGAGACGAGACUCACCCCAACCUGGAGCAGGCCGUCACAGGCGUCCCAAUCACCAGUCAACUGAUUACCGAGAUCAAGGAGAUGAUCGUGAGUGGGCUGAAAACUGUAGCGUCCAGAAUGUCUACGACGCCCCACAGCACUCAACCCCUGGUGCGGGAGCUGAGUAUACUGGUGGAGGCUGUGGCAACACUUACCCGACAGGAGAUAGACUCUGUCUACUCCAUGAUAACACAAGACGAGCUCUACGAUAAGAAGACGCGUAUUUUCUACGAGAUUCUCAUGACAGCGGGGACUGAGCCAACCAUAAACUACCUGAUAGAAGCUAUGGAUGACCAAACCAUCAGACAAGAUUUCUACUCAGUCUUCAUAACCUUCUUUGAGAAGAUUCAAACCACGAUGAAAAGUUCCUUCAGCAUUCCGAAACUAAUGGAAGUGGUCAACAAGCUCACCUGGGAUAACGAAGAAAGGUAUAUCAAAAGCAUCGCGCUGCUAAACUUCGCCAAAUUAGCCCACCAGGUGUGUCUCAGCCCUGACAAGUGGCAUUCAUUUGGCGACGAUUCCUGUGUACCAGAUCACUCCUGUUCCCCCGACCUCAUCCUCAACGACUUUCUGCCAAUACUGGUGCAAGGACUACAGGACACAGAUUCUCCCACCUGGAAGAGACUGGUGUACCUACAAGCCCUAGCCAACCUAGGAACACCUCAAAUCAUCGACGUCCUGAAGCACAUAAUUCUUGGCGAUACUGAAUCUCAUUUGGCUCUCAGGAUGAACGCCUGCUUUAGUUUGAGCUCCACGAACUUGCCUGAAACUGCUCAUAGCACGGUGUUCGAUCUCUUGAUGCCUGUAUUUGAGAAUAUCGGUGAAAACUACGAAGUCCGAAACAUUGCCUUCCUUACCAUGGUCAUGUGGCAACCUAGUGUCAACUGGUGGGAAAGAAUGGCCGUCUCAACUUGGCAUGAGCCUUCCUCUCAGGUGGCCAACUUCAUCUCUACCACCAUCACCUCCCUCGCUAAUGGAAAACAUCCUUUGUCCAUGAGCGCCUCCCGGGUGGUCCACCUAGCAAAGCCUCCCACCACACUGUCUCUCACCCACUCCUCCAUGACUUAUCUAAGUGAAUAUCUCCAUAACUGUGAGACCAAUAGUCGAAUCAGCUUCGGGUGGUUGGCCAACACCCAGGGAUUUUUCCCCAACAAGAUUCUAUUUUACCUGCAGAUGAACACCUUCUUUGGCUUCACCAGUGAAUAUAAGGCAACGCUUGAUCAACAAAACCUAGAUGAGGUCUGGAGGAAAUUCUAUAAUUACUUCUACAUAGAAAAACACCAUGCGGGUCAGUAUAGAGGAGGAGCUUUUCAGAUUGUUCAACAGCUGUACAUAGAACUCAAGGAGCAACUAGGAGUGGAGACUUCUCUACCCUCCUCUGACAUCAACCUAUGGUUCAGAAUAGGUGAAGCUUUUUACUCUGCCGAAAACCAAGAAAACGACGGGAAUUUCCCCCUCGAUAUAUCUUUCAUCAAGGAGGCACUUCCUAUCUUGUCCAACUUGCCACAUAUCCAGCGAUCUGUGGACUAUACCGAGGUGCUGCCUACUGACCUUGGCUUGCCCUUCUUUGUACAGUACACUCAACAAUCGGCUUACUGGUUCAACUGGAAGGUGACCGAUAUGGAAGCUGACAUGAGAAUCAAGAAGUUUAAGGGAGAUCUUUCUUUACUUUUGGACUACAGCCGAGAAAGUACCAUCCAAGGCAAGACACUUCUGCCGUGGUCGCAGAUGAAUUUCGCCGUCGGGGCAGGUCUUCACAACAUGCUGUCUGUGACUGUUCCUAUCGUUCUCUCCGGGAUUCUAGAUAUGAGGAAACAAGAGAUCCAGCUGACAGUCGAGCCCUUGAAUAACAACAAGGUACAGCUAGUCGACUCGCACAACUACCCCUACACCGUGUUGGCCGGACCCUUCCCGACCACCGUCUACACCCAGCAGCAUCAGUACAUGACGAUUAAGAACACUGAUCCUGAAGUAUUCUCGAGACGUACUCAAGCGCUUCCUUCUGUUGUUGGACUCUCAGUUGAGUCUUCUUGGUCAGCGGACUUUGAGUUCCCUAUCAACUUUGCCUCCAUCCACAGGAGAGACUUUGACCUAUUCACUCCAGCAUAUAAACUCUGGGAGUAUAGUCUGGAGCUGAACCCCGAGACGUCCUCAACGAGAACCAUCACCACCACCUUCGGUUAUGUGACCAUGCAGAGAGCGGAGAGGCUUAUGGAGCAGGUGGACGAGGGGGAGUUUGGACAGGAGUCACAGGGGAGUGAUUAUUCCCAAAUGUCUCAAGAUUAUCAAGAUUACCAGGAAUCUGAACAGGUAGAAAAUAUUGAUAACCGGGAACGUAUUGCCAGGAUUCAGCAACAGGUUAUGCCAGCUUCAGGCGGGUACGUGCAGAGCAUAAGUGUGGGCGUGGCGCUUCAAGGAUCCAUCAGCAGAAGCUAUGAAUCAGUGCUAACGUGGAACACUAGCCCCAUCACUUCCCCCCAGAGCUCCACUAAGAUCCAGCUCAGCCUCCUUCAGCAUACUCCUCUUGGCGUCUUGGAAGAAUCACACGCUACGUGCGUGAACCUGAGGGUGGUGAAGCUUUUCUUCCUGCCUAUGGCCACUACUGAAGAAGUGUUGUCCGCCAACUUCCACACCACCGUCGAUGCCGAGGUGUACGACGGCGUAAACUGUGACGAUCAACCUGUUCUUAAAAUCCAGGGUGUGCUUGACGUGAGUGAGAAGAAAUUGGAACAUAUAAGGGAGAAACUGUCCCAUCAAGACUGCAACAGAGAGUCUGAAAAUCUUCUACCCAUUGACAUCAUCACAUCUCCCCUUUACGACCACGCCAACAUCAAGGCUUACUGGAAUGAGAAUUUCCCAAACACUCUGAUGAACUUGACUUACUUCGUAGAUGAUAUCAUACGGGGUGUUCUUUUCCCUUACGUCUCUCUCGACCACACCGCCAGAAACCCCGAGAACCAGAUAGAGAUUGAUGCCACCAAAACCUUAGACACUAACCGUUGGACCGUCAGGACGACAAAGGCAGAGGAGGUAUCCAUCAUUAAGGACCUCAAGCCACCCGCACUGAUUGAGGAAUUUGGUGGACCAGCCAGGUUGGCUGACACUUUCGAUUACAGCGUAAUCAGAGGCCGCACACCCUCUGUCUGUGUUAUCGAGGACACUCAAGUGCGAACUUUGGACGGCACAGUGUUCUCACAUCAACCGGAUGCUUGCUGGACCACCGCCAGUAUAUUCCACGCCGACCCUGAAGACCCAGAGGCCAUGGAAGGAGCUCUUAUGGUCCGCCACACAGACCAAUGGGAAGUGCGCAUUGUUUGGCCUUGGAGGGGACUCCAGCUUGACCUGACAAAGACGCAGCUACUAGUCAAUCAGAGACCAUAUGAGGAGCGUGACAAGACUUACGAGUUCAUUAGACUAUCAGAUGCUGGUCUUCUCCUGUUUGCUGACGGUUGUUUCAUCAAAGUCUCGGACAAAGUGGAAAUCUUGGAUCCACAAGUACUAAGAGGAAAGAUCGAAGGCCUGUGUGGUAAGAUGGAUGGUGAGAAAAGCAACGACCUGGUAGGCCCUAAAGGAUGUAUCUACACCAACCUAACCUUAUUCGCUCUAUCUUGGACGACUCCCUCUCAGGAUUGCGACGUCUUUGCCUUACAAUCCAAGAAAGAUGAAGUGGAGCUAUUCCAAAAGACUUGUUCUCGCGAGUCCUACAUUCCUACCGGAGUGUCACACGCCGAUGUCGUGUAUGACUGUACCGAGUGGCUCUACCAGGAGAAGAUAUUCGGCAACUACAAAUGCAAAUCCAUGGUCCCAACUCCUUUUUGCAAGCCUGAGUGUGAAGCAACUGAGAAUAUCACGAAACCUAUUGCGUAUGACUGUGUGUGGUCAGAGGAGCGAGUUCUGCAGCUGGGUUCAACAGACAAGGCUUGUUACCCCCACACCUACGUGACCAACUACCCGGCCUCUUGUGUUCCCCAUUAGACAUCCCAAAGCAGCUUUACAAUACCCCAUGAAUGAUUUGCUUUCAUACUUCCGACCCAUACCUGUUCUGAGUGUUACUGACAAUCACUAUGAUUAUCAUUUCCAAAUAUUCUUUUUCUCUCUUUCUCUGUCAUUAAGGAUUUCGUAACCUGUCAAAGGUACCUUUUGACAAAAAUAUUCUUAUGCAUAAUUGUAUUGUUAAUUUAUCUUCUUACCGACAAAAAAGUAAACGGGAAACUCUU